AUGCCGCGUGUUUACCAGAAGUCCGAGAUCGAUAGCUCGAUUUUCUCUCGCAUCGUGGAGCAAGGCUGGGUUGCCUUCUUUAUUCUUGGCAUCUUGAUGAUUGGACUUCGAGUGUAUAAUGUGAAACAGCGUCGUGACCAACGAAAGCUGCUCCGGGAGGAGCUUAUGGCGGAGAUGAGGUAUCGUAGUAUGGCGAGUCGCAAGAGGGAUUAA